AUGUCUGACGAACAACAACCAAGCAAACUCAACGCUAAUGUUAACUACUAUUCCGGCGCUGCCAAAGAAUCAAUUGGAAACUUAGUUGGUAACGAAUCCCUAAAAUCCUCUGGCCAGGCUGCUCAAAUCCGCGGCAACGCAGAAUAUGAGGCAGCCAGUAAAGAAGCACCCUCAAAACUCACUGCCAAUUAUAACGCGGCCGCUGGUGCCGUUAAGGAAACAAUCGGAUCCGUAAUUGGACAUAGCGAUCUAGAGAAAUCAGGUGCUGAACAAC